GUUUUUUUUAGUAUAAAAAUCAAAUAUAUAAAUGAUAUGAUAUAACGAAACAAUAAAAUAGAUAAAGCAAAAACAAAAAGUAGUCAUAGUGUUGUUUGUGUGUUAUGCAAUUUUGACAGUUCGUUCACUAAUGUCUCAUUAGCAUUUCAUUACACUAGUAAUCUGUUGGGGUGUCGUAUUUAGAAACUUUACUCUUUUUUUUGUUGGUGCGCUUUGAAAAUGGCGAAUUUUCUUAGGAUUUCAAGUUUAUUUAGCACUCAGAGCCGCACUUUCAGUUCGAAAUUUAAUGAUGUACUAAUAGUAUCUGCCACUCGCACCCCCAUGGGUAGUUUUCAAAGUCAAUUGGCUCCUUUGUCGGCGACCCAACUUGGUGCCGUGGCGAUUGAGGCAGCAGUGCAGCGCGCUGGUUUAAGCAAAGAGGAUAUACAAGAAGUUUAUAUGGGCAAUGUUGUGUCUGCUGGUUUGGGCCAGGCGCCAGCUCGUCAAGCUGCUAUUUUUGCUGGUCUACCGAAAAAUGUGUGUUGUACAACUAUAAAUAAAGUCUGCUCAUCGGGCAUGAAGUCAGUUAUGCUUGCUGCUCAAACUUUAAUGUUAGGUCAAUCCGAAAUUAUUGUGGCUGGUGGUAUGGAAUCAAUGUCUAAUGUACCCUAUUAUCUGAGAAGAGGUCAAACCGCUUAUGGGGGUAUCAACUUAAUUGAUGGAAUCGUAUUCGAUGGUUUAUGGGAUGUAUAUAAUAAAUUUCAUAUGGGAAAUUGUGCUGAAAAUACAGCCAAAAAAAUGGGAAUCAGUCGUCAAGACCAAGAUGAUUAUGCUGUAAACUCUUAUAAACGGUCGGCGAAAGCAUGGUCUGAUAAGGUGUACGAUGCUGAAAUCGUACCAGUUCGAAUUCAGCAAAAACGAAAACCAGAGAUAGUCGUCGCUGAAGACGAGGAAUAUAAGCGAGUUAAUUUUGAUAAAUUUGGUAAUCUCGCCACAGUAUUCCAAAAAGAAAAUGGCACCGUCACCGCUGGGAACGCUUCAACAUUAAAUGACGGAGCUUCGGCCGUAGUCCUUAUGACCGCUGAAGCCGCUGCUCAAAAGAAUUUGAAGCCGUUAGCACGUAUAGUAGCUUUUCAGGACGCUGAAACCGAUCCUAUCGAUUUCCCCAUAGCUCCAGCUUUCGCCGUACCUAAACUCUUGCAGAAAGCUGGAGUGAAAAAGGAAGAUAUUGCUAUGUGGGAAAUUAAUGAAGCUUUUUCUCUCGUUGUAGUGGCCAAUAUGCGUAAAUUGGACAUCGAUUCAGCUAAGGUGAAUAUACACGGUGGUGCUGUAUCUUUGGGGCAUCCGAUUGGCAUGUCUGGUGCUCGUUUGGUCACUCAUUUAUCGCAUGCUCUCAAGCCAGGCGAAUAUGGUUGUGCCUCCAUUUGCAAUGGUGGUGGUGGGGCCUCUUCUAUAUUAUUGCAAAAAUUAUAAACGAACUAGAAUAUUUGGAUCGAGAUUCAAGUGCCUCAUAAUUAAAAGUGAAACCAGUAAGCAUUUAUUUCCAAUUGGUGUUAUAUAUUAAAAAUAAGAAGAUAUGAGAUUGUGUUGUAAAUAAAAUAUUAAAAUUCGAUAC